AUGAGCCCAAGCUCAUCUGACUCUGCACCAGCAGCCCUCGCAUCCGCCGUGGACGCCUCGACGACGUCCGCCCGCAUCGACAAGGUCGAUGACACUAACUUCUACAUGUGGAAGUUUAAGAUGCAGAUGGUGCAAGAAGACCGCGACUUGUGGGACGUGACGAGUGGCGACGUCGAGCAGAGCACUGUCUUACGUCCAAGGACCAAGCGACCACAGACGACGUUGGUGACGCACUACGAGAAGAAGUGUCUUGCGAACAAGCUCUCCUUUUUGCGUCGUCGACUAUUUGCAACAGUCAUGGAAGAUGGGGGCGAUGUGCUGGAGCACAUCAACAAGUUGCGGACACGGGCGGAGCAGCUCGACGCGGUCGGCACACUGGUCAGCGACGAAGAUCUUGUCAUCGCGCUCUUGAGAAGCCUCAACGACUCGUUUCAGCUCCUGAUAACUGCGCUCGAGUCGCGCUCGGAGGAGAUCACUCGGGAACUAGUUACGAGCCGUCGAAUGCACGAAGACCUCAAACGGAAGGAGAAGAACGAUGGCGUGUCUGCGUCCAAAAAGGGGUUCUGCACAAACGUAAAGCGAAACAAGAAUUUUUGGCGAAUGCUAAAGGCGCGUGCAGACACUGCGGCGAACACGGCCAUUGGAUCGCAAAUUAUUAUGAUUCGGCCUUUAAGAAUACGAAAACGAGAACCUUGA